AUUACCUCAAAAACAUGACAGCGAACUUCAAUAGUAUGAAAGUUCGCCCCGCUGCCCACCAAAAUAUCGCCCUGACAGGUUCUUGCCGUUGGAAACGGACCGCAGUACCGGACGCCGGGUAUGCGUAGGAAGAGGCCUCACUCUCAAGAGAGCGGCACUUCCGUCGGUCACCUCGUGCGUCGAUGCUCUAGCACCCAAGUGAACGUCACGCAGCUGGAGCGCGAGUUACUGGCACGGGACCAGCCUGACGGAGGUAGCCGUGACGGACCCCAGCGACUCGUCCGCACACGUGCUAGAAGACGGCAGACGGUCAGCGGCGGUGCCAUGGUUCCACAGCGGGGCGUCUUUACCAAAUCUCACGAGCGUGUCUUCGCGAGACGCCUCGUUUCAACAGAAGAGCUGACGCAACUUCCGGAUUCGACUCGUGCCGAAUGCGAAACAGUGGCGGGAAAUAGCUCGAUGCCGUCUGCUUGUUGCGUCAUCGCCAUCCCCUCGCAACCACUCACCACGCUUGACACCAACGAAAAUGCUCCCAAAUCUACAGCAAAACGCAGAAGGCAAACCAAAAGGAAACCAGGGCGAAUAAACAAACAUGACCAUCUCAAGAUCUUGGUUAGACCAGUGCUGAGCUUGCAAGGGAAUCCAACCAAACGAACCAACAAGAGACGCCCCACGCCUCGUUCUGUGCCUUCCACUCAGAGAUCCUGCAGCGAUGACAGUAUCACGUGUUCUGAGUCUGCCCAUCAUCCCUCUGGUUCCCAACGCAGUCACAAAUCGAGCACAGGCCAACAGUCGCGGUACGGGCCCACCCCAUGUCCGACUAACGGCGCCUGUAGCCGUUCGUACUCCCGCAACUCCAACUCUUGCGCCAACUCUAGAAUCACGGCACAGUCCCGACAGAUGGCACGCCACAACGUCCAGAGCCCACGCUCCAGAUCCUACCAAAGUUACAGGUCGAGGUCACGGUCAGUGUCAAGGUCAAUGUCACGGUCGAGGUCGAGGUCGGGGUCUAGGUCGAAAUUGGGCUCAAGGUCCAAAUUGAGGCAAACAUUUAGGAAUUCGCGGUCAAGGUCGAAUCUGGGACAGAGUUUAAAGUCGAAACGAAGGUCGAGGCAGACAUCAAGGUCGAGGUCCCGGUCAACACUGAAAUCCAGAUCCAGUUCAAGAACUACUUCAAGGCAGAGAUCUUCCAACUUGUCAAACAGCAAUUCGUCCUUUAAUCCCCAUCGCUCCAACUCCGCUGCGCCGCCCCCUUCUGUUUGGUGGGGCUUGGGCGCCGGGCGAGGCGGAGCAAAACGCCAGCCAUCCACAUCGCGAUCCAGGUCCAGAGAAAAGUCACGGUCAAAGCAGAGGUCAGAGUCGAGCACUUCCCUCGGCGCUGCAAGUCGUGCCUACUCUGACCACAACGCCGAGUUAUCGUCCAACCCGUCGCGGUUCGCCGUGAGAAGUCAUCCCCACAGCGCGCACAGCAUGAGCAGCGUCUCCAGCGUGGUCACCGAGCCCCGGAAAGUGGUCAGAGAAUACAGCAGGAUCACCGAGUUCGGCAAGACGAGUCACAGGCAUGACAAACGCGAUAGAAAACACAGACGUAAGGAUAGAGGAGAAAGGAGCUCAGAAAAGGGAAGGUCUAAAACUAAAGAUUCUACUCUCACGUGCUCCCUCAUGUAAGAAGAACCUCUCAUCCUUUUUUUAAAAGGUCUUUUGUUUCCUUAAAUCUUGUAACAUGACAUCGAUCAUUUGAAGCGGAUUUGCCCAUUUGAAAUAAUAGCGUGUCUGUUUUGUUGACCACACGAAGAGUUUAGGAAAAUAUAGAGAGGUUUGCAGUUUCAAAACAGGGAGAACAGAGCUGUGUGUGCGUAAAAAAACGUUGAACAGUAGUUCAUGUCCUAGAGAAAAGAAAAGAACAAAAAGAGCAAAAAGUGCCGUACAGCUCUUUGGGCAUGCCAUUUAGAAAUAUAUUUUUUUUCUUUUUAGUAGUUUAUGAUAAACCUGCUAUGAAUAAUAUUAUUCUCUAGGGUAUAUUUUUCCCGAGUUUAUGAUCUACAGAUAUUUUUUUUGCAAAAUAAAAAACGUAAAUAGAUUACGUAAAGAAAAAAAACCGCACGAAAAUUGUUUGAUGAAUAUUCAAUGUUGAAAUACGCCAUCCAGAAGUGACACAUAAUUAAUUUUGUCAAUGUAAACAUCAGUCUAAUGUGUUUUUAAUUUUUUAAAAUAAUAAAUGUGUAAAAAUUACGGCGUAGGCGAGCAAACCCAAUGCAGCAUUUUCCCGUAACAUCACAAGUUCCUUGUGGAAAGGAAUACAAGCAGCUUUCUUUCUGCCCUUCUAUUUCUUAUUCUAAAUAAAAGGUAAACACAAAUAGAUUCUGUUGAAUACAAA